UCCUCUUUCUUUACCUCUCUCUCUCUCUCUUUUUUCCUAUCUCUCGCUCUCUUCUUCCAUCUCUCCUAUCAGAGUCAGUUUGAUCUAGUAUCUUUUAAUUUCUUGUGCGUGUGGUAACCUGCUCGUUCAUACAGGCAGGCUAACAUACUAUCACAUGCCUUGAGCGUCCAUCUCGCCCACACUAUCACAGGCUGACACCCUGGAUUUUCAGGAUCAUUAGCCCAUGAGUGCGGUCCCCUUCAGACAGCGAUGAGAAUGCCCCCCCUGUGCGUUCCCCUCGCAGCUAUGGAUCCAGAGACUCUAUUCUGAGUGGCAGAGAAAGAGAAAGCUGGAAGAAGGAGGAGGAAGAGAGCUGUGCCCUCAAGCACAACGGCUCCGGCAGCAGAGGGCGCCCCAGUUUGAGACGCAAGCGGAACGUGGGCAUGAGGUGCUCCACCCUCCUGGCCAUUCUGGUCGGGGUGCUGCUCUACCUGGUCAUGGGAGCCGUGGUGUUCCGGACCCUGGAGGCCCCCAGAGAGGAGAGAAAGCAUAACCACCUGGAGAGCUACCUCCUAGCCUUCCUGGAGAACUACACCUGCAUCAACCAGGAAACCCUGCAGAUCCUCAUACAGGAAGUAACAGAUGCAGUAGGAGCCGGUGUUGAUCCCAACAGUAACGCCUCUACAUUCUCCAGCCGGUGGGACCUAGCAAGCGCUUUCUUCUUCUCUGGCACCAUCAUCACAACCAUUGGCUAUGGGAACAUCGCCCCUCAGACAGAAGGGGGUCAGCUGUUCUGCAUCUUCUAUGCCUUGGUUGGAAUCCCCAUGUUUGGAAUUCUUCUGGCUGGGGUGGGUGACCACCUGGGGACUGGUCUGAGGAAGACCAUUGCCAAGGUUGAGAUGCUGUUCCUGAAAUGGAGGGUCAGUCCCACCAUUGUCCGUGUCAUCUCGGCUGUCUUCUCCAUCCUGCUGGGCUGCCUGCUCUUCCUGGCCGUACCAACCCUGGUGUUUCAGGAAGUGGAGGACUGGUCCCUGCUGGAGUCGGCCUACUUCGUGGUGAUCACACUCACCACCGUGGGCUUUGGCGACUAUGUUGCAGGUGAUGGAGAUGUCACUGGUAAGGACCACUGGUACAAGCCUCUGGUGUGGUUCUGGAUCCUGUUGGGUCUGGCCUAUUUUGCUUCCAUCCUCACCAUGAUUGGGAACUGGCUCCGUGUGCUCUCCAAGAAGACCCGGGCCGAGAUGGAAGAGCUAAGGGCACACGCCACGGACUGGACACAGAACAUCCAGAAUAUGUCCGUUGACUUCCGCAUUCCCAACAUUGACGACCCUUUCUACCAGCGUCGGCGGAGACGGCACCACCGAGGGCCCCGGAGUCACGGUCCCCACAGUCACAGCCACGGCAAGAGGGAAGGAGGCACAGGGAAGGAAGGCGGGGCCAUGGAGAACGGGCGCCUGCCCAAUGACCAAUCCGAAUCCUCCUCAUAUUCUUACUCCUCAGAUGAGUCUUAUUCGGAAUCUGGCUCCGGGGUGACGGAGACAGAGCGGGUGGGGGAGGGAGGGCAGGAUCCACAGUCUCUACCUGAAGCAAUUAGUUCCCAACCCCUGGAUUAUUUUGGAGAGAAUCUGGCCUACAUCGACGAUUCUUCAGAUGCACUAAGUGGAAGGUUCAAAACCGAUCCCGCCCAAAAUUCGAUCCUACAACGCAAGGCCAAGAGAAGGCGUCAUAGAAGACCUCUCAUCCAAAAGAACCUCAAAAGCCCACCAGCCAAUGGCAACCUGGAGAGGAAAGAGCCAAACGGUGACCUUCAGCCCCCACCAGAUCCUCCACCCCCUCCUCCAGAGCCCCCACAGUGAGGCAAAUUUGUUCAUGGGAACUACGAUGCAAAUGGAUGUCAAUAGGAUUUUGCCUGCCACCCAAUAAGGUCUUCUGUUUGUGUUAGAGUGAGGGUUAGAGUGAGAGUGAGAGACUGAGAGAGUGUGAGAGAGAGAGUGUGUGUAUGAUUGCUUUUGUGUGCGUGUGUGUGUGUGUGUUUGGGUGGGUGGGAACGUUUGGGUGUGUAUGUAAGAGAAAGAAAGAUUCUCUGGCCUUCAAGGUGCCUCAUUGCCUCAGAAACCCCACACAGUAGUACUUUAUCAGUGUCGUCUCCUGGGCUAUACAGAAGUGCUGAACUCAGUGAUUCUUAACCACAUUUAUCAAUGUGGGCUGCAUGUGCGACUUGAAUGUGUCAUCACCUCCGGCCCUCUCACCCCCCCCCCCCCACAUACGCACACAUAUUUGUAUUGCACAUUCAUAAUAAUAGUCUGUGGCCUUCCCCUUGAAUGUGACACAAAACGAAUGUUGACUGUUGAAAAAAAUGGUUGCUUCUCUCCUUUCUACAAAACUAUCCUGUGUUAGGUUACCCCAUCCAUCGCAUCCCACCCCCUUACAUCUGCAUGCCUAAUGAAAUUGACUGUUCUUUAACUCUUUUAUCUCAGCUUUAACUUCAGUUUACCUUAUUAUGAGCUUGUGAAAAGCAUUACAUCUCAGGAUUCAAAAGAGUGCUAUAAAAAGGCUGGAAUUGUAAACUAAGCAUAAUUUUACUUCAUUGCAAGUCACUGUACACAAUUACAACUCCAGAUCAGGUGUAUUAUUCAUUGAUAGCUUUAUUAUAAGUAACACUCCUCUGGGAAUGUAAUGGAAUUUGGAAUCUCAGUUUGGAAUUUUUCAGUUGAGAACAUGCUCAGCUUAGUUCAACAGAAGCACAUGGUCCUGUCAGUCAUUAAGUUAAAAAAUGCUUAUGAAAAUAAAAGCAUGAAGUAUGCAGUGAAAAGCAGAGAACACAUAAUUUACACAGCAGUUGGUAAAGCAUGUGUGACCUUUACAAAAUCAUGGUUUUGAGAAGUGGGAAAUUUUCUGUCAUGUUACCUAAUGAUGUCAAAUGUUGUUACAUGUUGUCACUGUAUGUCUGUUGGUAUCUACAGUGAAUCAGGCAGGAAGGGUAUACACUGUACUUUAUUUAUAAAUCAGGAUGUGUCAACAAGAAAGUGCCCGUGUCAGGGAGGUGACCAAACCUUCUCAGGGGUCAUGGAAUGCAACGCAUGGAUUAUUAUUUUUUCUUCCCCUUCGAGAGUUUUUGGAUCCACAUAAAUAGUUCCCAGUCCAAAACUGAGAUGCCCUGGAUCAUGUCCCAACAGGAUCCUGGCCAAAUCUAGCACUGGGUAUACUGUCAGUUACGCUCAGUAUGUUCAUAUGUUAAUAUUCCUGCCAGGGAUCAACUUCAUGAAGGUAACCUAAAUACAAAUUCAUAACUGAUAAAUUAUAUUGUAAACAUAUUUAAAGAUAUGUCUGUGUCUGUAUGUGUGUGCAUAUAUGUGCACGUGUGUAUGUAUUUAUCAGAUUCAUUCAACAACAAGCGAAGUGUGUGUUAGCAUACAGCAAUGCAUUAUUAUUAAGGGCUUAUUGAAUAGAAAAUAUCUUGCCUUUGCCAUAUCUGUUGGUGGUCUGCAUCUAAAAUACUGAAAUAUAAAAUACAGUGUAUGUGCGUGUGUGCACAUGCCUGUGUGUCUUUGUGUGUGUGUGUGUGUGUGUGUGUGUGAGAGAGAGAGAGAGCGCGAGCGCAGACACAUCUCUCUAUAUGUAUGCUUGUAUGUGUGUGUGUGUUUGCACAUUGUGUGUGCAUGGCAUACUCCUGCUUUGAUAUUUUCAAAGAAUACAUUGGAAUGAAGUAAUUAUGAUUCACCGAAUCAUGACCAGCACAUUACCACUCUGGACUGGAGAUGUGACUAACGUCCUGGAACAAUUAUUUGUCCUCUGCAGUGCAAUCAGCUUUCAAUGAAAGAAGAGGCAGAGGCUGAUAAAAUAUAGUUGUAAUCAAUAUUGAAAACAAAUUCUCUGUGGCACCAAAGAAGUUUGUUUUAAAAUGCAUAUUUACACACACACACACACACACACACAUAGAGAGAGAUUAUAUAAUGCUGCAACACAUUGCAGUUCCAUAUCUGAACAUUAUUACUUGACUGAACUCCUUGUUUCUGCUGGGAGUCAUAGCUACGUAUAGCUGAAAGAGUGAGUCUAAGCAAGAAACUUAAAACAAUUCAUGCGGAAAAGGUGACCCACUCACUUGGGUAUGUUCUCGUUUCGACUUUUAGUCUCAUCACAGUCUUAUGUUUACAUACAGUAUCAUUUACUGCUGUGUAGCUCCUUCCAAGACAUGAAAACAGCAGAUAAGCAGGGUGUCAGAUGGAGUGCUAAUGUAAAGGCACGUCUCCCUAUUAUUCCGAUCAGUGGGAAAUGCCUUACGAGCUCAACUGGGCUCCACAGUGUGGGCAACCUGAGUUAGAAGAAACUUCUCAUCUUAUUACCACCAUCACUAUUUGCCCCAGAAAAAAAAAAAAUUCCUCAAAUUGACUGCAAUGGCAGAAAGGUAAGAUAAAUCAGUGAAGCACAGAAAAUACACACGCAAAACAUGGGGUCAGCUGCCCGGCUGUUAAACAAGCGCAAGGAAUCUAAAAUCUCUCCUUAUUCUUUGCUGUUUCAUGAAUUUCGAAGAAUGAUUAAUGAAUUUAUACUGAGAGGAAUGACUUGUCCAUUUAUUUGCAAAAUCUUUUUAAAAAAUUAGUAUUGCCCUUCAUUAGAGAAGGUUAUAAGUAAAGCAGCAACUGAUAGCUAUUUCUAUGGGAUAAGGUUAUGUGGUCCAACUAUUUAAAAAACAUCCUUUCUAAUUCAAAAAAGUACAUAUAUAUAUGUGAGAUUUUCGAAUGUACAAUAUGGCUUUGAAUUGAGUGUGGUUUCUCAGACCUCUGUGGCACAAAAUAUUGUAAAAUGAUUAUUGUCAUACAAACAACAAACCACAUCUCCUACUUAACAUUUACUUCUACUCAAACAAUCACAGAAAUAUACACACAACUUCAUUCAAAAAUAAGAACCUCCUAGUUACAGUACUCAUUUACAAUGUAUUUUGGCCCAGUUUCUUUCCUGAUUUGACCUCAGGGUGGCGCUGUUGCUCUUCUAUCAAACAACGUGCGCUGCAGAGUCAUUUUGCAUUAUCAUUGGCUAGACACUCUCCAGGAGACAGUGCCUCAGAGUGGCCCUCAGUCUGGAAUUUAAUGUAGUUGGCUGCACAUCCUGCUGUCGCUCCCUCCUCAACACUGUGAGAUUCCCCAAGCGCUAAGAGCACCAAACAUGUUCAUCCUUCCUGUGUAUUAAAUGCAUUUCUUCAGAGAGAACUAGUCAAGUUGCACAGGAGGCUCAAUUAAUGUUUGUCAUUAUGUAAAUAAUGGCUGAAAUUGGGGAAACAGCUUCAGUUAAAGAAGUAUGAGAACCUCGCAGGGAAAGGACAUAAAAGGAGGUGGAUGGGUGGAAAUUGGAAUUUAU